AAUGCAGUGUUUCAUCAUGCGUAUAAUAAGUUUAUUAAAAUUGUUUAACAAAGUCAUAGUCAUAAGAUUACGUAAACGAUCUUUUAAUUUCCGGCCUUGCUCGAUCGAAUAUCAAGUCAUAAACGUUGAGCGCAAUAAAACUGGCAUUAAUACAACAACAUUCGACUGGUCUCAAAAUGGCCGAAGCCUGUGUGGUUACAUCGAACAAUCAUAACAACAUACAAGGGAAACCUGAAGAUAUAAUCGAAAUGAAUACUUGUACAUCGAAUUUCAAAGCAGAACGUUCUCGAUCAAUUGACCCGGAACUAGCCAUUGACAAUACGUACGCUGGAAAGAAGUUUUUAAAAAUUCUCUGCGUUGGUGAUUAUUCUGGUGGUUGGAGUAAAGGAGUCUAUAUAGAAGACUACAGGUCCUCCGAUGGAACAAUAAGUGAAAAUCCUAAUAAUUUUCCCGUAAUUGGAGGAAGUUUCUCCACGAAAUGUUUGUACGAUAAGUCGGGCAAAGAAAUUCGACUUGAAAUGUGGAAUAUACCCGAGAACGAGCGAUUUUUCCCUACCAAUAGAGUGCUGUAUAGAAAUUCCGACGCCGGCAUUGUGUUUUGGGGUGCAAAAAGUGACACGAUGGAGUGCGCCUUAAAAUUUAAACGCGAAGUCACGCAAAUAGAACCUGAUAUACCAUUGGUGUUUGUUGUCGAUAAUGUCUUCCAGACGCCGGCGAAGUGGAUGGGUGAAGGCAUGGUAAUGAAUUCGCCGGAGGAAAUGGACAGUUUUUGUCUCGAGCAUGGAUUUUUCGCGUGGUUUGAGUUGCUGGAACGUGCUGGUGGGGAAAAGAGUGUUUUUGGACAAGCUAUGAGGACUCUUAUCAACGAAAUAAUUUUCAGGAAUAAACAUCACGAAUGAAAUUCCUAGUACAUAGUAUAAUUAAUUUAUCAUGACUUUUUAAAAUCCUAUUUUCACCAGCCUUAAAUAAUAUUGGCUAUGUUGAACAUUUAUUUAGUGAAUUUGUAAAAAGUGGUUAAUUUAACAUUACAGAAUAACUGUUGUAUUUGAGAGUGAUAAUAAAAAUAAUUAAUUGUUUUCAGGAUGCCCACAUUAGGCCUAAGUACGUGUUCCUGCUUCAAUUAUGCAAUUAUUUACAACAUUUAGACACGACAAAACACGACAAUGAAUAGACAAAUAUGAAGACUGGUGUCCAGUCAACAUAUUUUGACGUGGGCCUUUGGGGGCCUGGCGCCAAGAAAGGAUGCCCACAGUGUAUCGAUAAAGCCUGCGAAUCGGACUCUUCCACCGUAGGCUCUUAUUUUGCUACAUAUAUCUUUUGAGGUUCUCACAUAUGCUCACGAAUGAUAAAAAAACACUGCAGGCUAUAAACUCGCUUUAUAAAACUAUCACUAACUCCCGAUUCGCCUCAACAACAGUUCUGUCAUUGCCAAAAAAGGCAUGGCACGUGACCUAAUCAUGAUAAUACAUGCAUUAUAAUAUAUAAAGAAUUAAUGAGUCUGUUUGUCUGUCUAUCUCCAACAUAUCCAAAUAUAGUAGAUUUAAUCUGUUCGGCUAUGCGCCUCAUAAAUAAAGUAAUUAACUCAUAAGUAAAUUAAUCAUUAAAAAUUAAGCUUCGGGUUUUGCGUACGUGUUGUCGAAAACGUCGCUUGGUUAAACGGCUCCAAUGAUAACUUAAAUACAAGAAAUAGCCAUGUUGCUAGUCAUAAUGGAAGAGUCGCUCAACGCUCUACCGAAAGUCAUAGCUAGGUUAUUAGGUUGUCUCCGCCGGUACUCUGCUUUCCAACGACAGUGAAGGUUGAGAGGGUGGGCUGGGAUUAGCCCUAUAACUGAACCUUCUACCGUAGCUGUGCUCGAUGAUCUGACAUGAGUCGUUCAGACAUGCAGAGGCGUCCUUAGAAAGCCUUCAACUCUAUCAGGACGAGGUUUGUCCUUCUCUAUUCAGCUUAGCUCUCAGCUGCAAGUAAGGAUGAUUAGCACACAUCCCACUUUUCAAUAUUUCUACUUUCAGCAUGCAUUAAUCAACUGCAUAUGCAUGAACGUUGUUGGUUUUUAGAUAUAUGUUGUUAUAGUGUCUUCAUCCUUGGAAAUUAUUUUGUUCACGAGUUUAGACAUAGCUUGUGCGAAAACACUUUUCCCCCAGCAGCACGUUCCAGCAUGUCGAACCACGCAAAAAAUCCAUGCUCG